AUGCACACGUCCGCCGUCGCCGCCCUCGCCACCCUCGCCUUCUCGGGCACCGUCCUCGCCGACGCGUGCGCCGCCAAAUGCACCCACGAGUUCCAGGAAUGCUACGUGGGCGGCAAUAUGCCCAUACGCGAUUGCGCCUCCAACUACGCCCACUGCCUCGGUUACAACCCCUGGGAGAAGACCCCCUACGAGGAGCCCACGACCUGCAAGAAGGCUACCAAGCGGGAGAAGGUCGAGGCUGCUGCCGCCGCCGCCGACGCCCACGCUGAACCUGAGAAGAGGCAUGGCUACCACGCUGCCACCGGCCUCAAUCACGGCUCCUCAGGCACCCUGCACAGUCAAAAGGCUGGCUCCGGCCAUGGCCAUCGUCACACCCGCGCAACGCCCGAUGCCUGCGCCGCCAAGUGCACCCACGAGUUCCAGGAAUGCUACGUGGGCGGCAAUGUGCCCAUAAACGAAUGCGCCUCCAAGUACGCCUACUGCCUUGGCUACAACCCCUGGGAGCAGUACCCCUACAAGGAGCCCACGACGUGCAAGAAGGCCACCAGGUCGGAGCCGGACUCCUGCGCCGCCAAGUGCAAUGGCGACUUCCUGCAGUGCUUCAAGGACGGCACGCCCGUCAAUGACUGCGCUUCCAAGUAUGCCUACUGCCUUGGCUACAACCCCUUUGAGAAGUACCCGUAUGAGGAGCCCAAGACGUGCAAGAAGGCGCCGGCGAAGCGCGAUGCCAACACCUGCGCCCAGGACUGCGCCGCGGCCCUCCUCAAGUGCUUCACCGGUGGCAAGGAUUUCCAGACCUGCGGCACCGAAUUCGGCAUCUGCCUCAUCACGACGUGCACAAGCCAGAGCAAGACUACCGAGCCGGCGAAGCGCGACGCCAGUGCCGAAGGCUGCGCCAAGGACUGCUCCGCGGCCCUCGUCAAGUGCCUCGCCGACGGGAAGGACUUCCAGACGUGCCGUAACGAAUUUGGCGUCUGCAUCCUCACAACGUGCGGAAGCCAGGCCAAGACCGCCGUCGAGCCGGUAAAGCGCGACGCCAAUGCCGAUAGCUGCGCCAAGGACUGCGCCGAUGCCCUCGUCAAGUGCUUCUCUGAGGGCAAGGAUCUCCAGACAUGCGGUACCGAGUUUGGCGUCUGCCUCAUCACGACGUGCGCGAGCCAGACCAAGUCCGCCUGA